AUGUUCAGAAGUCUUGCUAGAGGAAUUAUGGGCCAAAGGCUUAUGUCUUCCGUGGCCGCCACCCCCAAAUUAUCUUACCCUAAGUUCAUAAGUUUUCCAGCAUUCCCAAGCAUUCAACCUCAAACCCCAUCAGUAUUUAUCUCAACGAAGUUACCACUCUCCAACGAUGUCAUGGAAGUAGACGAAGAAGCAGACAAUACUCUUUACACAGAUUCCGUGUUGAGAAAAAGAAGAUUGAAGAUGAAGAAGCACAAGUUGAGAAAGAGAAGAAAGGCUCAAAAAUCCUUGAUGCAGAGACUUGGUAAGAUCUAA